AUGUCGUUAGAGGACCAGUGCUGGGCUGCCUUUAGAGAUGGUAAAUAUGACGAAGCUGUUUCCUUACUACCAUUAGUGAAGGAACCAAAUAAAAUCAAAAGAACUUAUCUGGAAAAAAUAAUAACUCAUAAGAAUACUAGUCUACUUCAUUUUUCUUCAAGGCAUGGCUGGUUAGAUAUUACAAAAGAUCUCAUCACUAACUAUAACUGUGAUCCACAUGAAAGUGAUAAUGGAGCUAAGACUUGUCUUCAUUGGGCUGCAGAAGGUAAUCAUGUUGAUACAAUUAGAUAUCUUAUCGAUGAGUGUCACUGCAAUCCAAUGGCUAUUGAUGAAUAUGAAUACACUGUUCUUCACAAAGCAGCUAAUAAAGGAUCAAUUGAUGCCAUGAAGUACUUGAUCAGUCAUCAUCACUGUGAUCCAAAGGCUACUACCAACAGUAGUCACACUGUUCUUCACCUUGCUGCUAGACACAUUGAUAUUGUGAAGUAUCUUAUUAAUGAGUGUUACUGCAAUCCAAUGGCUACUGAUGAAAACUGGAUAUACUGUUCUUCAAAUAGCAGCUGA